AUGUCUAUGGACCUGGACCCCGUUCCAGGUCUUCCUCUCCUGACCACUCUAUACUGUAACUCUACGACUGUCAAGAAAAAGACCACCGUCAAAUGUGCGUUCCCCGAUGAGCUCUACACCAAGAAAGCGUUUUAUGGAGGACCAAUUGGCGCAGGACUUGGUGCUGUUGAGAUAGCAAUCCUUGCUGUUUUCGUUUUACUUUGCUUCAAAAUCAAGCAUGACAUCACCAAAACGUUUCUGGCAAUCGUCUACAUUCCCCUUGGACUGUCUUCAAUUUGCAAAGUGGCGUUGGCAAUCUACAGUAUCUAUGAGGGACCUUUUGGAUGGUGGUGGUCGGUCCUUCUGAUGUUCUUCAACUUCUUGUACACAACCUCAGUUCUCUGUACCAGCAUUGGAUCUGUCAUCUUCCUGGCUGCUCUGAUUGUGGUUGCUAGACGACGUGAGAACGUCAACAUCUGUGAAACUUGGAUCUCCUACACCGCUGUCCUCUUCUUCUCUGUUCUCCUAUCUGGAUCCUACCACUUCAUCGCAUACCAAUGGAAUCAACUCCCAGCUUCUGGAUUGUUCUUCACCUAUGUGCUUUGCACUAUUGGAAUCAUUGCUGAACUACUUGUGUGCCUUUGCGUUGGUUUGAUGUGCAAGGCAAAACCAGCUCCCGGUACUACUGUAGUCGUUGUAACUGGUGAUCCAGUAGUCGACGACGCAAGAACCAGACUCGCAUUUGGCGCUCUCGCUGUGCUUAUGAUGAACAUCCCACAGGGGUUUGAGAUCUAUGUGAAGAUCACCGAGCUUUUCACACCAUUCCUCUGGGACUCCGAUGCUCAGAAAAAAGCCUUCUACACAGCUCAAUCUAUUCAACUUAUGAACUUCGACCUCGUCCGUCUGUUCCUGAGUUUGUUUAUGCUUGUUCCUCUUUUCAUCACCGUCACCGGAAGAUUCGCCAUCGGACUCUUGAUCACCCGCAAGCCCCACCCGACGCCACAAGCUAAGGCUACAGCUACAGUCAACAAAGUGUUCGUCGCCAGCCAGAACCAACCACUUCUAAUGGAAACUGGAGAGAAGAAGACGCCACCACCACCAACUCCACCCAACAGACCAGUCGAACAUCCAGUCCCUGCUCCGAUCUCUGCUCCAAUCACUCAACAGCCUCCUCUCGUUCCAAUUCCUCAUCAGGUCCCAGUCCAUCAGCCUCAACAUCCACACCAACCUGCUCCACCAAUGUAUCCUGGAAUCGGAUUUGCUCCUGGAAUGCUACAACUGCCCAAUAACAUGCAGACUACAAUCGUCUACACACCAUCAAUGGGAUAUGAGAAUGUGAACGGACAGAUGCAUGUGGAACAGUUCAGAUAG